AUGCAAUCUCACCUCACUAGAAGGGUUUUCCGAGCAAUACUGAACAAUGAGCCGCUGUCUUCCUCAAAAUGCCGUCAUCGCUUACUACAAAAUCUUCAAAUAUACCGAUCCCGAGGGCCAGUCGUCACCAGUACCUAUCACCUCCAGCGACGUGAGUUUUUCGCAUUCAGCGUGGGACCGUCCACCACCCCCCAGCCUGCGACUCUGCCAUCGGAGGCUGGCCUUAAACCAAUGAGUGAUCUGAUGAGAGCGAUGCGUGACAAAAGCAGGGGGCCUGCAGUGAGUGUUCUUGCGAAGGCUUUUCAAGAUUUCUUUGCUGCACGAGCGGACAUUCCUGGGGUCAUCACGGGCUUUCAAGCCCGUUUGCUCGUCGUGACUUGGAAGCACUUGCGAGCUAAUGAGGGCGACCUGGACCCUGAAGAUUGGAAAUUGAUAUUUUCUACCGAGAACCUGGAGAAUGUGCUAUUCGUUCUGUCCCAAGCAAAAUGCCUGCCGGAAUCCCGUGAGGUAAUCCAAAGAUUAGCUCGCUACGUAUUUUUAGAACUUUGUGCAGACCAUGGGUUUGGCCCCAACCAUAUAGGUCGACCCGCACUUAUUGCCUAUAUCAACAUCCAGGCUUUGAAUGGCAACCCAGAAGGAGCAAGGCAUGUCGUUGAGAAGUUCUGGAACAGGCUUUCCAAAACCAAUCCCUCCCCUUGGCUUACAGUCCUGAAGGGGUUUGCUAUAAAUGAAGAUAGACGUCUCCUCAGACGGACAACUGAGAGCCUUCACGACUUUGGCAUAAAAUUUGACCCUGCCUCCCACGAAGAGUUGCUCAAAGUACUCAUUGGACAAGAUCUCCUGGCUGCAGUCAAGAUAAUGUACGAGUGCCCUUUGUUUGAUGGAUGGGAGCCUACCCUAGCUACGAAAGAAGCUGUUAUCGAAUAUGCAAUCCUACGUUCAGAAACAGCGUGGGCCGAGCCUAUCUUUGAGUCGCUUUCGCAAAGACCGAUUACAGAGACCAUGAGUAUCACGUUGCUUUGGGAAGCAGCCCAUGGACAAGAUUCGUCUGCAGUCGUGGAAAAAAUCAGAAUUUUAAUGCAAAAUAAUCCAGAAGCCAAAGCAUCGCUCACGAUAGGAUGUGUGAACAACUUGAUGGCGUAUGCCAAUUUUACCAACAAACCUCAAUUGACUGCUGAGUAUGCUGCUAUGAUCCCGCGUUGGGGUCUGCAGCCCAAUUCUCAGUCGCAUCUAUUAGAACUCGAAUCUUAUAUACAAGCUGGUGACGUGGAAAAAACGCUUGGCCACGUUCGGGGCUUACAUGACAUCAACGACAUGGCUUCUGAGAAUAUGUCACUGAUGAAUAAGUUGAUAACAAUGCUUUGUUUGUCGGGCCAGGGGGAUGCCGUAUUCGAUCAGGUUUCAGCCUUUCUUGACCCAUUGUUUGAGAAUAAUGUUCGAUUAGAGCCUGAGACGCUGGCGGCACUAACCCAUAUGUUGCUCUACCGUCGUGACUGGGAGGGGGCAUCUGACCUCCUUCGACCGCGCCUGGCAUUAUAUGAUGAUGAGGGAAGAUCGAAGAUACGUAAAGCGCUCACCGAAUACAUCUUGGACCUUAACCAAGAUGGCGCAGAUGCAUGGGAGGUGUACGGGUUACUGCAGCUGGCGUUCCCCGAAGCAAGCGUAAGCACGCGAACCGAUAUUAUGACAGCAUUUUACCGAAGAAACCGGAGUGACCUAGCCUACCUGGUGUUCGGGCAUAUGCGGCAGGCGGAAGACUUUGCUCGGCGCCCAAAGCCAGACACCUAUACUAAAUGCUUCCGGUGGAUAGCUCGGACACGUGAUGCAGAACAUCUGGUGCUUGUUCACAACAUGCUCAAAUUAGAUGUUGAGGUUGACCUCAACACCAAGUUGCUAAAUGGGCUAAUGCUCGCUUACGCAGCCUGCGACAUGCCCGAGAAAAGUAUGGAGGUGUUCCGCCAAAUCCUCCAGUCGGACGAAGGUCCCACGCAUAAGACAGUCGCAAUCUUUUUCAAAUUAUGCGGGAAACACCACAAUGGCACUCAGGAGGCAAUGAAGAUGAUGCAGAAAGUCAAACUUCUUGAAAUUGAAGUGGAUCGGCGGCUAUACAUGGCAUUUGUCGAAGCUCUCGCUGCGCAAUGUGAAUUUGACCUUGCUGUAGAGGCUAUCGAUAAGAUGCACAGUGAGACAGGGUACCUACCGAAUUAUAACUCCAUUGGCCUUUUCUACAACGCAGUUCCAUAUCAGUACUGGAAAGAUGAGGUGGAGAAAUGGGCCAGGGAGAAAUACCCAGAACUAUGGGCGCAACUCAGUGAGAUUGAGCGCACGGAGGAAGAAGAAGGAUUAAAGUUUAAUAUCACCGGCUACGAAGUCGUUGUCUAA